AUGCCUCUCUGUGGCGGAAACAAGACCGUCCAGAGGAAACUCGUUCUGCUGGGCGAUGGUGCAUGUGGAAAAACAUCAUUAUUGAACGUUUUCACGCGAGGGUACUUUCCCACAGUCUACGAGCCCACAGUCUUUGAGAACUAUGUCCACGACAUCUUCGUCGACGGCAACCACAUCGAGCUCUCCCUCUGGGACACCGCCGGCCAAGAAGAGUUCGACCGCCUGCGCUCUCUCUCCUACGACGACACUCACACCAUCAUGCUCUGCUUCAGCGUCGACAGCAAAGACUCUCUCGAAAACGUAGAAUCAAAAUGGGUGGGCGAAAUAGCGGAGAAUUGCGCGGGCGUGAAACUCGUGCUCGUGGCGCUAAAGUGCGAUUUGAGAGAGUCGCAUGCGGAUGAGGAGGAAGAAGAGGGAGCGGGAAUGGCACGGCCGAAAGAGACGAUUGAUUAUAAACGGGGGUUGGAUGUCGCGAAGAGCAUACAGGCGUUGAGAUAUUUGGAGUGCUCGGCGAAGAGGAAUAGAGGGGUCAAUGAGGCGUUUACGGAGGCCGCGAGAGUGGCGUUGAGUGUGAAAGGAAAGGGAAAGGGGAGUGACAAGGGUGGUAGAGGGUGUGAGAUCAUGUGA